UCCAUGCGUUCCUGUCGCUUUUUGAUUCCCGUGCUUGUCGCGAUUGUCGCCAUCGCGGCGGGCGUGGUGACAGCUGCCAGACCACCAAAGCCUCGCCGCGAAGCUGCCUCCGCCACCUUGCAACUUUCAACCCUGCUUGCACAGCAAAUGACAUGCGACACGGUGCCGGCAGAUGUCGAAUUUUGCUCCGAGAUGGCCGGAGCCUCCUUUGCCAACCCUCUUGGGGCGUUCGAGCAACUUCUCCAGUCGACCGUGCACCGGCGUUCGUCGCACUCAAGCUCGUCCUUGUUUGAACUGAACGCUGCCAACGAAAUGAACGGGGUUCGUGCGCGCCGUGAGAGCGUGGCUGCGCGCAUUUCGGAUUGCUGCUCGAGCGUUUAUGCCAGUAGCCGCCUGUGCAACUCGAGGUGCCACGCAGGGUUCGAAGCCCUAUCCGCCCAACCCGCCUGUGCUUCCGAGUUCUCCUCACUGGCAUCUUGCGUUGGCACUGGUGCGGACAGUAUGGCCGUCUCUGAGAUUGGUGUGCGCCAAGUCAACCCAAUCAUCAUCACGCCCGUCAUCACGCAAUGUUGCCAAACAAACUUUGGGAGCAUUCCCGACUGCCUGCAGCUCUGUCUCACCGAUCCCUCGUUGAUCUCGACAAGUCCCAACCUUGCGUGUUUGGCUGCCCUGCCUGCGUUUGGUCUGUGCGUCACCAGCGGGAUUUUGCCAACGAACGUUGUCUCGGCUGCGCCAUCGCCCACAUCUUUCGACAAUGCCAUCGACCAGUGCUGCACUCGAUCCUUUGUGGGCUCGUGCUCUUCCUUGUGCUCGGCUAUUGCCGCACCUUCCACGGUUCCGGGCGCGACAGGAACGUCAGACUUUACGUGUCUGCAGCAGCUGCCGUCCUUCUUCCUGUGCGUUCUCCAGUCGGGCUUCCUGUUCGGCAACUUUACCAUCCCAACGGUGCUUCCCACAGCCCUUCCCACAGCUUUGCCGACCGACCUGCCCUCAAUCCUUCCCACAAACGUGCCAGAGUUCCCCAUUGGCAACUUUACAGACGUCAACGCGACCAUCUGCUGCGAAGCCGCCUUUUCCGACCUGCCGGACUGCUACAACUACUGCACCCAGAACAAUUACACGGACUUUGAUUCAUUCUCGCAGUGCCUUCCCCGCGCUGUGCCGCUGAUUGUGUGCCUCAUUCGCCAAUUCAGAGACGCCUUCAAUCCCUCUCAACCUCCGGCCACGAGUGGUCCCGCACCUACCGCUGUUCCGCCCACAGCAGCCCCGCCUAGCGCCGCGCCGUCCUCGGCAAACAGACGGAGCAACCGCAGAGCAGAAGCGGAGCCGGCCAGGCGUGCGCUCCAAGCCAGGCGACCUCCUCCUCGUCGGCGUGCAUUGGCCGAUGAUAUGGCUACACCGAAGGCUUCCCAAGCGCUGCCCAUCUCGUACGCGUACGUCCUCGACCGCAGUCUCAACUUGGCCUGGAACGGGAUGAAGGAAUCGCUGGAGGCCGCACAGCGAGCAGAGCACGGCCAAUUUGAGGUUUGCAUGCCCUGCCUCCAAACGCUCAAGCGAUACAUGUGCCAUGCCGCCUUCCCGAGCUGUGAGUUUGGCGCAUGUGCUGCCGCAGCAUCCAUCAACGCGCUCGGGCAACGCUGUCCCAAGGUUUUGCAAGGGGUAGCACAGCUUCUUGCCGCGCAGCACAAAGGCGCGGAUGCAUCGUUCAGUCUGCUCGACUCGGUCUUCUUCACCAUGGGGCUUCAGCAAUGCUUGUCCGAGAAGCCUUUGUUUGACAGCGGCAUGCUGGACAUGUGCCAAUCCGAGCUGAUGGACAGCACGUACUGUCGCGACUCGGUGAUGGCUUGCACCGGCAUGGACAAUGUGACCGCCUCCGAAAGCAUCUGCUCGCAAUUCCCGACCGGCGACGCCACUGGCCAAGCGGCUUCCGGGUGCAGCAGCAUGCGUCGUGCCUGUAUCCACACCCCACACUGGUUUUCGAUGGUGGAUCACGCUCCGCUGCGCGUUUCGUCGCCAUCGCAGCACAAGGUGUGCCCAAACAAGCACAUGUGUCUGUCGAAACAGUGGAUGAACUCGCAAACUCUGCACAGCACGCGUAUCGGACUGGCAGGUCUCGUUGCGCGGCUGUCCUCCAUCUUUACUCAGCAGCAAGAUUUGAUUCAUCCCGUGGCCAUCUCUGGGCUGGUCAACGCGACUCUUGCGUGGUCUCGUACCUGAGUUUCCAAAAGGAUGGAGUUGUUGAGCUCCGUUUCCCUCCAAUCCUUGUUCUCAUUGUGUACAGAGAGUUGUGUCUUGUGUUGCUGCGAUGUGAGACUUGUUUUUUUGGUUUUGCCUUGUUCGUUUGGAUGUGCUUGUUUGUUUGUAUUUCCAAACACAAAUACACCGCAAGUGUUUUAAUA